AUAGUUUUCCCAGCCUCAUUCACGGGAAUUCUAAGUUCCUCGCAUGGACGCCGUUGUAUGAUAUUGUGAAACGCGUAAGAUCAUUUAAGAGCUUGUAUGUGAGUGUAACGAACGUAUUUAGCAUCUAGAAAUACGGGAAAGAAAUACAAUAAAAACGACUUGAGACGAUUCCAGCGCGUUUUACUUCGUUAAGUUUUCGUCUUUAUAUGUCAUUUAUUGGCAGUGUCUCAUUAAUAUUUUACAGAGAGGAAAACAUUGCAAUUUCAACUGGAGGUCAGCAAAAACAACGUUUUCCCAUAACAAACACUCCCGGAUUGCGGGAGGGGGAAGAGGGCAAGCCCUAAUUGAUCUUAUUACCCUCCGUUCCAGUACCAAAAUUUCCCAAGGAAGAUUUAUUUCAAUACCACGAGUAUUGGAGGGAUAAUGCGUCGGCUUUGACAUGAUGGUGGCAUUGCAGUUAACUGAGCUCGCAGUUUAUUUAACGUAUUUAUUCUUUUUUUAAAUUUAUUUAUUUGCCCAUGAAAAGUUUGGUUGAGACGUCAGAAUGGAAAACCUAGUGGUACCGGCUUGUCAUACCUAAUUAUGAUAAGAAGCCCUAGCUCCCAAUAUAUUCGGUAAUGUAAUUUUGUUUUUGCCCUUUUUCAAUAAGUAAGACUCAUUUGGAAGAGUUACACCAUCAACAAAAAGGACAUUAUGAUUCUGAGAUCGUUCCAAAUCCGAUUCUUUUAGUCCAGCCCGAGAGGUAUUUUUACUCUCCCCAGGUCUCCGUGGUCAUCCUAAUCAAGAUGGCGACGAUUGAUAGCUAGCUGUAUGUAAUCUCGAUCCACCGAGAGAUUGCGUCGGUCGACAGUCCAAAGGUUGUAAAGUGCACUCAAGAAACGCUGCCAAAGAAACUUUAUUACUUUAACCGCUGAAACACUGAGUGCAAGGGAAAAUAAGCAGAAGAUGCAUUCAAGUAAGUUAGCAGUCAUUGAAGUCACUGAUGGUUUCCUGUCCUGUCAGGCAGUAGAAGAUGUAAAAUCAGGUUCAUUCCUGACAGAUCUUUGGGGUCCAGUGUUAGAUUUGCCGAACGCUCAUACAGUGCACGUUGAGAAAAACAAGCAUGUUUGUCCUGAAGGGGUAAUGCUGUGUUUCAAUCAUUCCUGUAAACCUAAUGCAAAGUUCAUCUACGAAAGCCGCAAAAUUUCGUAUCCAUCCCUAAAUGCGGACCACAAGGUCUUCUGGUAUGUGGUGGCCACUCGUGACAUCAAGAAAGGAGAAGACGUCACCUAUGAUUACAAUACUACAGAAUAUGACAUGGCUGAACAUUUUAAGUGCAACUGUGCUGCAGAAAAGUGUUUGGGCAAAAUAAAAGGUUUUAAGUAUUUGUCACUAGAACAGCAAAAAGAGAGGGCAAGUGAUUUAUCUCCUGUGGUAAAAGAGCUUUGGAAUGAAAAUUCAUGACAAAAGUUGAAUUUUUUCCUUGUAGUCAGCUUAAGUGUCUAAAUGUACCUGGGUUCCUUAUAAUUUCUCUCUUGUUUAGGAAAACAUGACAGUUAUGACAUGAUACAAUAAUUUUAUUUUUACAUGGUAUUUCCACCAGUCUAUUUACAAUUUGUAGUUCUCGAGCUUUGUGUGUUCUUCUUGGAAUUAAUUUUUUUGAGGUAACUCAUAAGAAAUAUAAGAAAUGUUGCUCACAGCACUUCAUUAUGCUUCUGCAUAAUAAGCCGUGGAAGAUAGGGGAAGGAC